AUGGCCAGCGCCUCUGGAUACAACUACCACCGGUUCGCCCGCGCGCUGCUCAAAAAGUCGCGUAAAUGGGAACCAUCACUCUCCAUCCAACUCUACCAGAGCUACUGGAGAUUCGAGAACUCUGACAUAAACUUCCUCUACGAUGGGCCUAUGAAGCCGUUCCUCCUCGCGCUGCGCGCGCAGGUCAUUCCGGCGGCGCUCAUCCCGUUCCUGUACGAUAUCCGGCCACCAGUAUCGUUCGUCGAUGGUUGUCUAGUCGUCGAAAUACAGGACUUCCGCAAAACGCCAGAAGUACGAAGUCGCGUCGUGAUGCGACCUGCGCCGGAGACGCUGCCACUCACAAUUGACAUCAUGCUCGGGCGACGAGCCGAGGUUUGGGACGAGGCGAUGACCCUUGAGCUGGAGAGCCGUGUGAUGGCCGCCACUUCUGCACCACUGUAUCUCGGCACCUCUCCACUCGCUGCUCGAAACGCGGCGCUUUCACUAGCGCUCACCGCACCUGCCAACCCCAGCACGGGGGCUGAUGGCGCCCCACGAUCUUCACAGGCGCAGGGCGAGGAAGAGGAUAGCGAGCAGGAGGCGCUGCGCAAGCUCCUCGCGACUGGAUCCAACGGGCGGGCAUUCCAGCCCAACUGGUCUGUGAUCAGAGUCUUGGACCGGAUAGCGAAUCUCCGGAAGGAGAAGGAGCGAGAAGCGGCCGCGCGUGCGGCCGGAAACGGGAACAAGGAAGAGAAGAAGAAGCCGAAGAAGAAGCGGCCAGCGGAGGAGGAGAAGGUCGAGGAGAAGAAGGAACCGCCAAAGAAGAAGAAGAAGACGGCGGCAGCCAAGGAGAAGGAGGCGCGAGAGGCCAAGCUGCGCGAGGAACGCGAGGCGCGAGAGAAAGAGGAGCGAGAGAAGGCGGAGAAGGAGAAGGGUAAGAAGAAGAAGAAGAAGAAGGACGAGGAGCCGGCUCCCGCCGCGGCCGACAAGCCAAAGUCGAAGAAGAAGAAGAAAGAGGAGAGCGACAAGGAGGAGGAGGAGAAGAAGAAGCCGACGCCCAAGAAAAAGAAGAAGGUCGCUGCUAAGGAGGAAGGCAAGUAG